UGUGGGUUCGACUCCCACGUCGGGUGUUUCUUUAAUUUUUUUCUCUCUCAGCGCUUAUUUUUUUUGCUUUUUUUGUUUCUUUUGUCAAUUUUGCUGUUUCUGCCACCUUAAUUUCUGAAAAACAUGAAUAGUGACAGCAAUAAGUCUAAAAAGAACAAAAAAAACAACUUUAUCAACCAAUCCAGGUCCAAGAAUAGAAGAAACACUUCUGCCGAUGCUGUCGAUGCUGUUGGUGCUGCUAAUACUCAUGAGAAUUCCAAUGCCAUUAACACCAAAGAUGUCCAACCAAAAGAGUUGGCCUUUGUUUUAAAAAUUCUUAAAAGACACAUCCCAGAAUUCCCCUACAUGAUAAUAGAAAUGAUUCUUUUUACUUUGCUCAAAGAGUUUAAAAACAUUCGUUUAAUUAGGAAACUCUCACAAUUUCAACAGUCUCACUCUAACAUACUCUACUCUCUAUCUUUUAUAAUUUUUAUCUUAGCAUUUCCAAUAUUGCUUCUAAUAUUUAUCAUGUUUAUUAUCUUAUCCUUAUCUAUCGUUGUUGGUAUAUCUUACCACUUCAUGUUCAACAUUGGAAUAUUAAGUUUCAUUGCCCUCAUCAAUUUCUCAUUAAGUUUCCCGAUGAUAACUUUAUUCACCUUCAAUGCUACACUUUAUGCAAUCUUAGCCAGAAUUUAUCAGUUUUUUGAAAAUAUUCCUCUAUUCAAUUUUUUUAUAAAUUAUUUACCUUUUUUUAAAACUUAUGCCACUUCAAAGAGAUAAAAAAAACAAAAAACAAUCUCUUUCAUAUAUA